AUGGGUUCUUCUAGUGAAACCGGAGGGGCAUGGAGCGUGAUGGAAGAUGUUAGCUUGUGUGAGUCUUGGCUCCACAUUAGUCAUUGUCCCGUAACGGGCAAUGAGAUGAAAUUCUGUCAUAUGUGGAAAAAAAUUCAUCAGGAUUUUUGUGAAAGGGUAAUUGGUUCAACCCGUACAGAUCAGGCACUAUCUAGUAGGUGGAAAAUUCUUAACAAAGAGUUGGCAAAAUGGAGGGAUGCCUUGGCAAAGGCGAUAGACAACCAUAGAAGCAGGGAAAACCUUACCAGUGGGGUGGUGAAGAAUUGUAAGAGAUUCCAAAUUAUUCCAACGGAUCCGACGGUAGUCUUGAACGAGACGCCACUCUAUGAGACACCGGCAUCGGAUUCACCUAUGGAUUCCCCGAUGAGUCAAGACUCACCUAUCGAUAAGGAGCCGAGGCCUAUUGGGAGGAAGGCGGCGAAGGCGAAGAGAGGGAGUAAUUCUACCAAGAAUGCAUCUAAAUUUUUGGAGGAACUUUCAAAGUUGCAAGCCAUGAGAAUUGAAAUGGACAUGAAACAACAAGAGCACGAUAGGGCAAUUGAUGUAGAAAAUGCAAAAGAAAGGGAGUAUGUACGCCAACAAAGGGAGUAUGCACGCCAAGAAAAGAUUGAAAAAAAGGAUCGGGAAACUAUGGCCAUGGAUACAACCCAUAUGUCCCCUGAAACAAAACAAUAUUGGAAGCUAGAAUGA